CUGAUAUAAUACCGUGAUCACGCUAUAAUAUGUGCAGAGAUAUACAUCUGACCAUAUAUGACGCGUGGAAUCACGUAGUACUACUUCACCCAGGAUGCGGUUACUUCAUAUACCCCACGUAACUGUAAAGUAGAAACAAGCCGACUGUCAAGCUUUAAUUAGUAAAUUUUCAUUUUAUAGUAUGAAUGAAACAAUUUGUCAUAAAUAGGCCCUGUGACGACUUAGAAACUAUUUGUGGAAGAUGUGUUUAUUUAUGUGCUUUUGAGGUUAAAUGCCGGCAGUGUUUCUAAGAAAACUUACUUAAUUUCAUAGUCAAUAAAUCCUUACUAUGCUCAUAUUUUAAACAACGAUAAAAUGGAACAACUGCAGACUGCAUUGACAGCGAUUAAAGUACUACGUUCUAGUGUUGGUCAAGUGUUCGAUUCUCUCGGAAAUGGAUUACGAGCAGAUCAUGGAGAGGAAAAUAAAGAAAAUAAAUAUUUGCUCGAAUUACAAGAACUUUUAACAACUGUCAGUGUUAAUUUACGAGACGUUGAACAAGCUGUAAGUAGUUUAAAUCCACCACCAGGACCAUUUAAUCUAGCAAGUACUGCAUAUCUUAGUCAAGAGACUACGCAAGAAAGACAAGCAUUGUAUAGUACGGUGGUCAAUAGUUAUAAAUGGACUGACAAAAUUCAUGAAUAUAGUAAUGUUGCUCAAACAUUGCUUAGUCAAAAUUCAUUGAAAAGAUCUUCUAGUAGAACGAAAAGAGGUAGAGUUCAAACAAGUAAUCAUAAUGUUCCUCAACAGCAAGUGGAUUCGAUGAUAGCUACUUUCGAUAGACUUUUUAAUGAUAUGACAGUAUCUAUAUCACGACCAUUUGCAUCAAAUGUAGUAUUACACGUUACACUAGGGCAUGUUUUAAAAGGAGUAAUAGCAUUUAAAGGUGUAAUGAUUGAAUGGGUAGUUGUUAAAGGUUAUGGAGAAACUAUGGAUCUAUGGACAGAAUCCAGACACAAAGUUUUCAAAAAAGUAACAGAAAAUGCUCAUGCUGCAAUGUUACACUUUUAUUCACCAGCAUUACCUGAAUUAGCUGUUCGAUCAUUUAUGACUUGGUUUCAUAGCUUGAAUAAUUUAUUUAGUGACCCAUGCAAACGUUGUGGCUUACAUCUACAUAGUGCCUUACCCCCAACAUGGAGAGAUUUUCGAACUUUGGAACCUUACCAUCAAGAAUGUAAACCAUAAUAAUUUCUAUUAGUCUUCCAUGACAUAAAAAGAAACAUGUAUGUAUUAUAAUUUUGUUCUCUUUCGAAAAUAUAUUUAACGUACGCAAAACCAGAGGGCGUCUCCCUAGCGUUCGCGCUUUUUAUAAUCUCCUUCAAUCGCGUUA